CUUACCUUUCAUGUGGAAAACUGCCUUACAAAAACUGAAGUUGUUUUUUUCAUCACCUCAUUGCUUUUCUAGCUUCAUGAAGGCUUUUGUGGAUACUUCAAGAGUUAAACUCUGUUCUCCAUGGAAUGGGUUUAGGUCAUCAUCUUAUUUUUCUUCAAGAAAAGGGAGGGUGUCUGUGCAUGGCUCAGGUCCAGCCUUUUCAGUAAUAUUUGAUAGACUGGGAGAUCCACAGAAAUCAGCUUUGUUGUGCAAUGUAGCUUUUUGGGUGCAGAUGCUUGACUCCUUCACAGCAGCUGCACAUCAUGUCAUGCUGACAUCUGUAAGACUGGACAAACACCAAAGUGGCAAGUAAGUGCAAAACAUCAACAAGUUGGGGAGAAACUUUUUUUUUCCCCAUCUCUUUCCUUUUCCUCUUGUUUUGUUUUGGUUUUUUUUGCUGCUGUUGGAGCAAGAAUGGGUCAGCUCUGUGGACGGUGCAUGCAGCUGCUGCGCGACUUUGUGGCCUUCAUUCAGAAGAUGUCUUCAGAGCUGGUGUACAGCAUAAAGGAAUGCUUAGCUCUGAUAAGUGAGUGCUCCUGCUUGAAACAGAAUGCCUCAAAAACGAGACAGCUGUACAAGCCCAUGCUGCAGCCUCAUGAGCGGGUGACAGCACAGGAAUUUCUGCAGCAAAUUGAAAGAGGUUUUGAAAUGUCACCCCUGGGAAAGGACCCUCUGGAAGCCUUGAGGACCUUAGCUUUUUCAGAAAACCCAGGUCUACAGCAGUCGGCUGCUCUCUAUUAUUUGCAUAUGAGCCAGCACAUGAAUGUUCCCCUGCCAGCAGAGCAUCUAGAGCCCUUCUAUGCCUUACUACGGUCUGCUGACCUGGAGGUGCAACAGAUGUCUUCUUUGUCCCUUGUCAACUUUUUGCUGGAAGGAAAUAUUGACAAAGAAAUGGUUGUCCAAAUGGGUUUACUUGAGCCAAUUCUGGAUCUGCUUGAGUCAGUGGAUCCCACUGUCCAGUGUAAUUCCUGUGCCUGCACAAUGACUUUAGCUGUUUCAGAAUCCAACCGAGAGGCUAUUGGCGCUGCUCAAGGAGUUACACCUUUACUGUCUCUUGCCAAUUCCUAUGAUCCUAGAGUACAACAAAAUGCAGUUGGUGCUAUUCUCAACCUUACACAAUCAGAGAGGAUCCAACUGGUCUUGUGCAAGGAAGGAGCCCUGCCAGUUCUCACCUUGCUGCUGGAGUCCCCUGACUCAGAAGUGCAGUAUUAUAGCUGUGCUGCCCUAAGCAACAUAGCAGCCAAUGCUCAGCACCAUGAGGCCAUGCUGAGAAUUGGUGACAGAUUCCUGCUGCGCAUGCUCAUCUCUCUUCUGUCCUCCUCUGUGGACAAGAAGGUUUCAAGCCAGGCAUGUGUUUGCCUAAGAAAUUUGGCUACCAGGGCAGACACACAGGCUGAGCUGGUUGCUAAGGAUGUCCUGCCCAGGCUGUGCUCUCUCCUGGUGUCCAGCAGUGAGGAUGCAUGUCGUGCAGCUGUCGCUCUGUUCUGGGUGUUGUCCCAGCACCCACACAAUCAGGAUGCUCUGGUGUGCACUGAGCUACUGCAGAGCCUGGGGAUGCUCCUGUCAGCACACACAACAGACCCUGUGAUUGCUGGCCACGCUGCUUGCAUCAUCAAAAACCUGAACCUUUCCAAGAACAGACAAAGAAUCAUUGAAAGCCCAUGUGUUGAAGGUCUCCUCCAGACCAUGCUUUCUAUUGACAUUGAAGAAAACUCUCUUCAUUAUGUGACAUCCUGCCUUGCUGAGCUGGCAAAGCAAGAAGGAGGCACAUUACGCAUGGUCAAAUGGAUGAAUGAACCCUUGACAAAGCGCUUGGUAAGACUGGCUGGCCAACGGGAACAUACCGAGACAUCCUUUCAAGCUGCCUCCAUCAUCCAGCACAUGAUAGAUCACGAAAAGAUGAUGCUUUUGUUGAAGUGUCACAUCAUUGAGAUUCAGGCCUACCUCAGGAAUUUUCUUACCCACCAAGAGGUUCGCUUCCAGCAGCUGGCCAUUUCCACACUCUGCAGACUGCAGGCAGAUCCAGAAUUCUCAUUAGCAUUCAGGAAAAGCCAAAUGGCCAAACUCCUCGAGCAAGUCCGUCAACAGACAGAAGAAACUCAAGAGCUCCUUAGGGCAGCUAUUUGCCAUGCAGACAGUUAAUAUUUAAACCAGAUAGCUUACAAAAACUCACCAGAUCCAAGAGCCUGAACUUUUAGAGAUGACUGUCUUCAUUAGUACCUGUAGCUUAAUUGCUCCUGUUACUUGCAGUUUCCUGGUAUGAACGUGGUGCACAACACCUUUACAAAGCAGAGAUGUUCCGAUAACAAGAGUGGAACCAGAUCAAAAAGCAAACACAGUAUAACAGCUGCCAUGAAAGACUUGUGAAAUGUGUAUAUGAAGACAGAAAUCUAUGUUCUGCAAAUGGCAGGUUAUUUCUAUAGGUACUUGCAAAAGAGAAAGUGAACAAAUUCAACAAAAUUACACAUUAAUGUUAUACUCUGUUAAUUCAUUUUGAAAGAAGUUCGAGGACCAAUACAUGUAGUAGUAUGCUUAGCUCUAAAUUCAACUGUCUUGAAUAAUGUGUAUACAGGUUCAGACUGCUCACGCUUUCCCUCUUCUCCAGGGGGCAGUGAAUCUGUCUCAUGGAUCUUCUUGCCAAUCAGAACAGUAUUUUUCAGAAAAGAAAAA